CAAGAUACUACUGUGCACUGUAUGAUAAUCACGAGACGAGAGCCGUAACACAAGUAGAGUUUGCGCAGUGCCAUAAUAACAUAGUUUUUAGGUGCGAAGAUCAUUUUCUUAUGUAUUGUAUCUUUACAAUUAAUGAAAUAUGCAUUUAUACUCAACGUUAUUGGUAAUCUUAAGAUAAUGCAGAUAAAGCAGUGUGAGUUCUAUAAAAUAUCGAGCUUAUUGUGAAGUUAUUAGUGUUUCAUUGACAGAAUAGCAAAAGAUUCGAGGCCAACAUGGAGUUUGUGAUUGGCGGCCUAGCCGGCGCUGGCGCCACUAUCUUCACGAACCCCAUGGAUGUGGUCAAGACGCGCAUGCAACUGCAAGGAGAGUUGCGCGCUCGUCAUGAACACACGGCCCGAUACCGCGGCAUCCUUCACGCGACAUAUGUCAUAGCAAAGACUGACGGCGCCAUGGCGCUACAGAAAGGCUUAGCUCCUGCCAUGCUGCUAGGCUUCACAAUGAACUCAGUUAGAUUAGGAAUGUACCACAUAGCAGAAGUCCAAGGUUGGACCAAGAACAAAAAUGGAAAUGUGGACAUAAAAAGAGCGAUCCUAUGGUCAAGUUUAAGUGGAAUCAUGAGCGGUGUUUUUGGCAACCCAGCUUCUGUAAUCAAGACAAGGAUCCAGGCUGCAGCACACCCAAGUAUAGCAGUAGGACGUCAGCACAAGUAUAAAGGUAUGUUGGACGGUUGUGUCCAAAUCUACAAGGCGGAAGGCGUAGCUGGCUUCUUCGCCGGAGUAAAUGCCACAUGCACCAGGCUUGCAAUAGGCAGCGCAGCGCAGUUGACGAGCUUCUCCGCAAUGAAAGAGAACUUGAAGUUGCACGGUUACUUCGAACGCUCGCCAACGAUGCUCGCUUUUGUGGCGAGUCUGGGCUGCGGGGUGUUGUGUGUUCUUCUCGAAACCCCACUGGAUGUUGUGAAUACCCGACUUUUUAACCAGGGGCCGGCUUCCAGCAAAGGACCAACUUACACAGGGGUGCUGGACUGCCUCAUCAAGACGUAUAGAACGGAGGGGCUACAUGGACUGUACAAGGGCAUCGGUCCGUUGUACUUGAGGAUAGCACCGCACACCACACUAUCACUAGUUAUAUGGGACAUGCUCAACAACUUAUUGUUACACAAUAAACAUAGCUGAUUUUACAAUGCUUUUUAUUUUUAUUAUUCUAUGACGUAUACGUUGAAUAUGCAAUACAUAAUAACAUUUUGGAGCUAUUUUGGCAAACAUUUUAGAUUAGCACAAUUUAUUGGACAGAAAAUGACUAUUUAGUGUAGCAAUACAACGGCACACAUGGUUGAUAAACGAUAAAUCACCAACUAAUAAAUUAUGAGUGCGAUGCUAUUGGUGGUGAAAAGUGUAUCUCCCAAUCAAUAUCCAUCGAGCUGCAGUCGGAGCUGAUGUCGUCGUAGUCGCAGUAACAACUCUCACACGAGUCUUUCUGCUCGAUCUCUUCACAUGUGCACUCUCGACUGUUAGGAUCAUACGACAGUGAACCAAUCGCCUCCUUGUAAGCCUUCAGACAAGUCUUCUCACAAACGUCUGGAUGAUAGGGAUCCUCAAAGUUCCCAAUCAUCUCCUUAAUCAAACGUCUCUUCUUCAACUCCAACUUGGCCAGUUUAUCGUUGUUAUUCGCUUUCGCAAUUUUGUACACUAACGGAGUAUACUGCUCGUUAUUCCCCUGGUUGUUUUCCGGUGUGGUCUGCAUUUCAACACGAUAUUCACCGUUUACUUUACACACUAUGAGUGUGGGUUUGUUUUCCGUACGUCUUCUGAACUUUUUCAUAGGCUUGCUGCUUUCUUCGGCGCAUCUUUGCCGUUUUGCUUUUUUGAGUUUACGCAAAAGACGUUUGGAUAUCGCUCCAGGUUUCCAACCAUUGGCCACCUGAUAAAUAAAAUUAAUUAAGUAAAGACCGUCAUUAAAUUUAAGAUUACAUUAUUGGAUGUUUAUAACAAAUAAAAUAAAUAGAAAAAAAACAUACACACUGGUGGAUACCGUAGGACAUACUCUUGGAAAUUCCUGCUCGCUAUCUUGAAUUGACUGUAAAUUGCCGAAUCGAUUUACGCUACAUAAAAAUGACCCAGUGAAUAAUAUUACCCUACUGUGGUGUUAAGCUUACGUAAAAAAAGGUACCAAAUUUUUUAGAAAUUAUCUGAUAAAAAUAUGUGCGUAGGUUACCAACCACCUCCCAUGAUAUUGCAAUGAAUCCUAUUUAACUACAACGAGAAACUUUGUAUCGUAGCUUCCCUUAAUUUCCUUACUCGUAUUUCCAUUUUGCUCUGCCUUUUUAGGAAAUUACGAUAAACCAUUUCAUUUGAACAGAGUGUUUUAUAAUAAGUUAUCAUUUUUGUUUAUUAUUUAUAAAAUAUUUAUUUUGCGUAAACUCGGAAUGUAUCAAAGUGGACGAACGGCUCUAAAAUUAUUGGGAAGAGAUUGUAGAGAUUUUGCUGUCUAUAAAGGUAGAAAGUUUUUCUUUAAAAAUACUAGAAACAAACGCGUUGGGCCGAUUACUAAUAUUUUAUAUUAUAGGUAUUCUUAAAAUUGCAUUAUAUUGUGGGCCAGGGCUUUUACCACUUUUAGCACCUAAUGACACUACAACAAAGACAACAAAACACAUUCGAUAAUUUAAAUAAUCAAAUAAAAUAGAAAUAAAUCAUUUAAAGUCCCUUUUAUUUUAAAAGGCUUAACCACAAACAAUAUGCAUAACGUUACAAAUUUAAACAUAAGAAACCGCCAAUAAUAUCACUUGCACUUAUGACACUAUUUUCAAUAAAUAUCUAUACAGAACACCACAACAAUUCCUUUACUAAAAUUAUUUAUAUUUGAUUGGACACAGAUCAUAUUCUGAGCUACAUUGUUUUCAAGCUUCCGUAGCAACACUUUUACUUUGCCCAGAGAGUGCAAUAAUUCGUUCUUGUUGCUCUUGUUUCAUUAUCUCACUAUUUAUAAACGAAUGAAAACAAGGCACAUGAAAAGAACUCAAGCUAAUUCCCUAGUCAUUCAGUAUAGCAAUUCUUUCGUUAGGUCUUUUAUUUUUAUGAUCUUUCAAUUUGAAAUAGGUUUUGUUUCCAUAUGCAUUUACCGCUAUCACACCUUUAGUCGAAGGCAUAGGAUGUCUACAUUGCGUUCUUUCUUCGGAGUAGUUUCUUUGAUCAAACCUCGGCGAACGAGUAUUCUUGCUUUUCUUGGAACCGGGUAGUCUAGGAACUACAGAAGGCUUAGGUAUAGUUACGUCUUCUCCUCGAGCCAACAUUUGCUUAAGCGUAGCUGCUAACAGUUUUCUAUCUAUGCCAUGCCCGAUUAUCCCCAUUCUAGAUAACUGCUUCGGACUAGCAUCCCCAAAACAGCUCCAAGUUGUUUCUGAUGGUUCAACUUCUGGUUUAAUAUCACCUUUUUUAAUAACCUUUUUAGAUGCAGUUCGUAUCCGUUUCUGAGUUGGGGAGGCGCGAGGUCUGGAAUAAUACCGCCAUUUGCCAUGACCAUCAAUAUAACCAUCGACACCAACGACUAACCACUUUCCAUUUGCUGCUUGAAAUUUACCUUCUUCAGUAUCAAUCUGCUCUCCGUUCGGUCCUAUAAAAGCCAUGGGUGCCCAUCGAUUAUCGGGAGCUAUAUACCCAUCAACGUUGAUUUCUAGCCACUCGUGUUCUGGGCUCCAAAAUCCACCCAAAUCGCUGCAUUGCUGUUUACCAUCAGGACCUUUGAAGAAUCUUGGUACCGGAUUUCCGUAUCUAUCAACUAGUUUAACCCUAUAAUCUAAGUACGUAUAUUGAGUUUCUUUUUCUACUUUAAGGACUUUUUUGCCUUUGUAUGUGGGGUCAAAGUAGGCAUUAGGUGGCGUGAAUUCGACAAUCCAUUCAUCAGAAUCUGUAUCAGUGCCUAAUGAUACUGAAUCUUCUGAACAUGAACAGGAUCGGUCCAUAUUUGUUCUAUCUGGACCUGGUUCAGCAGGAUAACAGGUACAUUCAGGAUCUUCAGUAUCUGGCAAAAUGCCCAGUGCCUGUUGAUAUGUUUUGAGACAUAUUUCUUUACAUAUAUCUUUAAAGGCGCUCUGAAUGAAAUCCCGUUGAGCUCUUUCAAGACGUCUCUGAACGCGUUCUUUUUUCUUUCGCCUCUCACGAUUUUCCUCUUCACUUCUUCCUAUUGUGUAAGUUACUAGUGGCUUUUCCUCAUAUGGCUGUUGAUUGAUGGCUCUCUGUUUGGAAUAUGCUUUCAUUGUCUCCAUUGUAACAGUGAACUCACCGUCUUUUUUGUGAACUAUUAAAAGUGGUCUCUUUAGUGGUUUUUUCUUUAGUUCUCGUUUUCGUUUCUUAGCUAUAGCUUCAUCGGGAUUCUUUGCAAAUUUAAGCAAUCGCACUACGUAUUUAUUGACAGCACCUGGCUUCCACAUCGGGCGGAACCUCAUUCCUGGAAUAUCUUCAGCAGUCCAUAACCAACCCAUGUUUUUUGGUACAGCACCAAGUGUUCCUGUACAUGGCAUUGCGCAUUGACUGUGUCCAAUCUGAGGCGGUAUACCUGUAUAUCCAUAAUUAAACUUGAAUCUGUCGUCCUUCUUUUUCUUUUUCCCCUUUUUAUUAUCUUUUUCGGAUUCAUCGUUUUUGUCGCCAGAUGGAUUUGUAUGUUUGGAACCCUUAUUCUUUUUACUGUCACUUCCAGAACUUACAGUCUUUAGUUUGUUUUUAUCGACUAAUUUAUGAUAAAUUGGACAAGGAAAUGCUAGUGGCCCUAACUUUUCUUCGCCAAAUUUUUCAACGCCUCCGCAGAUGUUGCAAAAUGUUGUCUUUUUUGUAAAUCCAAAAGUGCAUUCACAAGAACAAUAACAGGGUCUUGUCCCCAUUUUCAUUUUUGCAGUCAUUCCCCCAACAACUUGUUCUACUUUUUCGCUUAUUAUACAGCUAUCUCUUUUCAUACUUGUCAAAUCUACCAUCAAUCUUUCGUCAGGUGGACUAGGAGGCUCUCUAUUCUUAGCAGCAUCACAAUCAAUUCUGUCGCAAUGUUUUACGCUUAUUAAAUGAGCAGCGUCUUUUGGCAAAUCUAGCGAACAAUGACUUGGACAACCAUAAAUGCCUACUUUUUUACUGGGACAUUCCUCAUUACAUAAAUUGAAAUGGUAUUUCUCAUUAACAUCAGUUGAACUUCUAUCUGAACUCUUAUCAUCUUUAAUUGAUACCUUGGGACUGGCAAGCUUCUUAAUAGACUCAUUUUGAACAGUGAAAAAACCUACACAGUAAACUCUAUUCCCAAAAGGACCACUAUUAUUUCCAAAAAUGUAAUUUAAGGUGCUUAAAUGUUUCGUAUAGCCCAAAGAACAACACGAUUGGGAAGUUACUAAAGAUGGUUUGGUCAGUUUUGUUUUUAUCUCAAUAUCGGUAUGACUCUUGACAAGGGAAAUUAGUUUAUUCCUAUCUUUAUUGUUUUUCUCAAAUUCAAUGUAUUUAGCUUGACUUAUUUUGCUUUUGUCAUCUGUCUGUUUAUUGGAUGUUUCCAUUAGACAUUGUGAACUGUUUGAAUGUUUUGGUUUUGUUUUUCCUCCAGCAUAUAUAGUUUUAAUUAUUCCUGUUUCGUGUGUUAAAUCUAUUUCUUUUAUCGUACUCAAAGUUGUAUUCUGUAUAAAGUUACUGGUAUAUGGAUAUUGAAACUGAGUACAUAACUUGUCCUUUAGACAACUAAGUUUUAUACUUAGCUUAAUAGUAGCCACACGCUUCGACGUAUAUUCAUGAAAUACGCUGUAUUUGUUUUCUACUAUGACUGGAUUUAUACUACUCUUUGUCUCUAUUUCAUUCAAAUAAUCUAUGAAUGCGUGACUCCAAGGUAUUUGAUUGGACGCCAAAAUAACAUCAGAAUUAUAUUUACUUCGAAAAGAUAGUUCCAAUGGGUACUGCUUCAUUCUUUCUUUGAGAAUUUUACCAUCAUAUGCAAUCAAUACUGACCGUUUUAUUAAAACUUUUGGCAUCGUAGAAGUUUUUGCAGUUUUGAUGUCUCUGACUCUUGACUUCUUUGCAAGCUUUUUCUUCGACUGUUUAGCCAAGGAUGUUUCCAAAUCGUUUACAUUUCUUAGAUAUAUUUGAAAAACAUCUGCAAACUGCCCAAGUAUACUAUGUUCUUUACAACUGAAAAGACUUUUUAAUUCCUCUAUUGUUAUUUCGAACAAAAACAUGGAAUCCGAAAGAGCCAUUUUUAAACUACAAAUUAAAACAUUAAUAACCAAAUAAUUUAAAAUAAACCAUAUCCAAAAAUAAAAUAUAAAAACUUGUAAUUUGAUAGAUAUCACCAACCUAAACAAUGAAGAAUGAGGUAUGUUUUCAUUUUUAAACGGCUGUUGUCAGCUGUUGUCAAUACAUAAUUUCAAUAUGGUUAAAACAAAACCGGUUAGCAAAGAGUUUUAAUAAGUUAUAUGUUUUCCCAUAGAUAUAAUAUAAAAAAAAAUUGAUGCGUGUAACUUAUGUACGCGCGUGAGAAGUUAUACUUCUUUAGCAUCAUUAAAAAUAUUUUUUGAUUGUAUGCAAAUAAUUAAUAAUUACAAUAAAAUAAUAAAAGGACUGGAAAAGGAUAGUUAACACAGUCAAUUAAGUUCAGUUUUAAUUUGAAAAAUUAAAUAAAUAUUCAA